GAGAGCAGCCUGAGCUCAAAAUCAGCUGUAUCAGUGCAGUAGUACCCAUUUCGACUGGGACAUAAGGACUUGUCCAAGCACUACACAGGAGUGCCACAAUCAUUUGAAGGAUAACUUGAUAUCAUCUGGAACGACAACUUGAUUUGCACAGGCUUAAAUCAAAACGUGACACAACGAGUUUGCUGGUUCACAUUACGCUGGUGAAAGAACACACCUCUGUUCACCAAUUCUGUGGAAAUCACGUGUACUGCAUAAGGCUGGACAGGUAGAGAGAGGGAGUAAAAGUGCCGGACCUGGUAACUAUCAACAAACUGGGACUGGACGAGCACAAACAGCAUGGAGACUGAUGCAGAGGAACUAGGUUGGCAUGGAACAGACCGCACAAUGCCCGCAUGGAACUCCUCUUCAGCUCCUUCCCGUGAAAACAGUGGACUGAAUGGUUCAUAUGGUGGCGGAUCAUAUUUCUGGCUGCUUCAGAACAGCUCAGCAGGGACCACUAAUGCCCCACUUGCAGCCAGGGUGCGGGACAUGGCACUGGCGCAGGCGGAGAUUGGAGUCCUGAGCCUGGUCCUGGCGCUCACCACGCUGAGCAACAGCUUUGUUCUGUGGGUUCUGCUGCGGAGGCGCAAGCACAAUGCUCCCAUGCACCUUUUCAUGGUUAACCUCUGUGUGGCUGACUUGGUGGUGGCCUUUUUUCAGGUUCUCCCUCAGCUGGUGUGGGACAUUACAGAGAAGUUCCAGGGGCCUGAUGCGCUGUGCCGCUCAGUGAAAUACAUGCAGAUCGUGGGCAUGUUUGCAUCCUCCUACAUGAUAGUGGCGAUGACAGUGGAUCGCCAUUACGCCAUAUGCUGCCCCCUUCAGGCCUACAGACUGGGGGCAGUCUCACGCUGGAACACACCCAUCAUGGUGGCCUGGGGUCUGUCUCUUGUGCUAAGUGUACCGCAGGUGUUCAUUUUCUCCAGGUCUGAAGUAGCUCCAGGGGAGUUUGAGUGUUGGGGACACUUUGCAGAGCCAUGGGGUUUGAAAGCCUAUGUGACAUGGAUGACUCUGGCUGUCUUCAUCCUUCCUACCUUCAUCAUCACAGUGUGCCAGGUGCGAAUUUUCAGGGAGAUCCAUGACAACAUCUACCUGAAGUCGAAGCGGGUGGUGUCAGCUGACUCGAAGAAAAAUGUAGUCAUCUUCCGCAUGCCCAGCCUGCGAAAUCAGAAUGACAAAACAAGAGAAAGGGAGAGAGGAAGAGGAUCCACUUUGAGAGAUUCCCGAAGAGGAUUCCAUCGAAGGAACAAGAGUGACUCAUCCCAGUCAUACAGCAAUGCCUGCAACUCCCAGCAUGCACCGCAGCCAGACUGCUGUGACUGUCCCUUUCAGGACAGCCAGGGUGGAAAUGAGCUACAAUACAGCACUCAGUCCCCUGAUGUUCUGCCUCACACACUCACCCACACACACUCUCCCAUAAAUCAGAGCAACUCAGCAGCUCCUGUGAGCUCUGGGCCUCUUUCUGAAGGUGCUGCUGAUUGUUAUCGGACUUCCCUGGAUUACUCUGAGCCCUUCGCUAAGUCACUUGAGGCCCCUAUGGAGAUUUGCAAUCCAGUCCCUCCUGUCCGGGUUUCGUCGUCCAUUUCGCGCCCCGUGACUCCUCCUCCGCCAGGUGUAUCCAGAGCGAUGUCCAAAACACUGAGGAUGACUCUGGUCAUAGUGCUGGUUUAUACCUUGUGCUGGUCACCCUUCUUCACAGUGCAGCUCUGGGCUGCUUGGGACCCAAACCCACCGGAUCAUGGGGUGGCCUUCACUAUCCUGAUGCUGCUGGCCAGCUUGAACUCCUGCACGAAUCCCUGGAUCUACACAGCCUUCUCCAGCAGCGUCUCUCAUGAACUUGUCUCCCUGUUGCAUUGCCGGCCUCGUAUCCCUCGUAGGGGCUCCUUACCUGAAGACUCCAGUGCCAUACACACUACUAGCACCACCAAGGACUACCCGUUUUGAGCCACUCACACAUGUGUGUUACAUGGUAAGCAGAUACACAAUGUAUCAGAGCCAAGCAGCAGACAAAAGAAGAUGAGAUAUGGGGAAUCAGUGAGAGAUUUGUUGCUGGGAGAUAUUGCGCUUAGCGUAGCUGAAGCUACCUGAGUGUUUGGAAUGAGCAGAUUGUGGAUUAUACCACACUGACCAAGUAGGACAUGAAUAUGAACUGAAGAACAUGGUCAUGAUGUAAACAUAUAAAUGUUAUGUCAUGUCCACAAAAACAUGGAUAUACUUGAGAGGUUUCAAUCUAAACUUAUGAAGAGCAUAUAGUUACUCCUCUAACACUACACUAAAUUACAUUUCAAAGAACUAGAAACAUAUACUGUAUAUAUAUGACACAUUUUAUCAAAUCGAAGAACUCUUGAGCCAAGAGCAUGUGAAGUCUGCUUAAGAAUUCUUGAUGGAAAGGAGGAAACCUGCCUAAGCCUGCACCCCAGACAUUCCCUAGCAUCAUUUAUCACUCUGUUGUUAUUCCUUAUCAGUCUUUCUGCUACAAAAUCUCACUUUUGAGCUUGAUGGAAAGCAUCAAUGAGAAGAAUGAGUCAUGCAUGGAAACUCCAUCAAAAAGACAACUUCAAAAUUGUGAGAAAGUGGUGGCGAUGAAUGAUGCACAAAUGUGAAAAACAGGAAAUGAAUGGACAGAAUAUGGAGGGGGAAAAAAGGAAACAGCAACACAACACACAAGUUACACAAGUAUAUAUACUGAAGACAUCAGGGAUAAUGAGGUUUUAUUCACAAUUCACUUUACAAAUAUGGUACCAGUGUUGCACCAUUUUAGCAAAUGUAGUAUUACACGGGAUCUAUAGCUUGACUGUCUGAUGACUGAAGGAGCAGAUGUAGACUGCUCCUUUCAUAUAAUCUACAUUAAUUCUCUGUUUAUGAUAUUAUGGGCAAAGCAGCCUUUAUAAACUUAAUCUAAAUUAAGUUAUUUUCAAACAAGUAAAAAAUAACAAUGUCAGAGCAACAAAAGUGCCUUAAAUGUCACUGCAGCCAAAAAAUGUGCAAUCACCCAUUUCUGAGAUUCCUCCUUCCCUGGCAGUUAUGUUCCCCAGUUUAAUCUGUAAUAGCACAAAUCUCAUAUUCGAGGCCCAUCAACUGCAUCUUAGUCAUGAGAAAUUUCCCCCAUUUACCAUGUGUGAAUGGAUUUCCAGAGCAUUCUAUAGAUUUUUUUUAUUGAUAUUAUAAUUUAUUAAAGUGCAAUAAAUUUAUGUAAACAUGUUAUGUUGUUAUAUAAUGUUAUAUAAUUUGUGGAUGGAAAAUUGUGACAUAUU